UGCCGUGACAUACUUUCUCCUGUGUGGCGCCCCGAGUGUUAUCGAUAAAAAUAGUUUGGGAUAACUGGUUGAAUUAGUCUGGGGAACAAGAUAUUCGUAUUAUUUGGAUUACUUAUUUAAUUUAUCAAACCAAACUGCAGAAAUGGCACCCGGAAUAACUCUGAACCAAAAACAACAAGCUGAGCUCAAGGAGGCGUUCAUCAUCUACGACAGCGACCAGGACGGCAAGGUGAGCACGGACCAGGCCACGCAGAUCAUCCGCAGCAUCGGCAUCAGCCCCACCAUGGACGAGAUUAGCGACAUGCUCGGAACUCGCCAAGGGGAUAAGUUGUUCACACUAGAGGACCUGAAGCGCAUCAUCCAGACCAAGGCACCGCCGGUAGAGAGCCGAGAGAGCCUGCUUGACGCCUUCAGGAUCUUUGACAAGGUCUCCAACAGUUUGCAAAAGUUCACAUUUAACACUAUUUUGCGCCACCUUCAGGACGGUAACGGUUUCAUCGACGCCAAGGAGCUGCGUCACGUGCUCGUUCACCUGGGGGAGAAGCUUAAGGAUGACGAGGUGGACGAACUGCUGCGAGAGGUCGACAUCAACGGAGACAACCAGAUCAGCUACGAAGACAUGGUGAGGACUAUCGAGUGCCUGAAUUGAGGGUUGUCUUGAAAAAGAAACCGACCUAUAGCAGCAGCUGACGCAUAAUCCAUUCCAUUGUUACGAUCUGCACAACUAUAUAUUGUACACGCCUUGCCACAGUGUUCCAAAGCUUCUUUGAUUUAUAUAUUUUACGACACAAAAUCAGUGAUUUUAUUUUGAUAAAUUUUCUUUGUAUUAUCAUACCAGAAACGCAAUUUGUUCUCAACGCAAGCAUGUCAGCUCGCGUAUAAAAACUUUGAUAGUGAACAAAUGUAUAAUGUAUACAUGCUCAUUUAUCACCGUUUUAUUUUGUGUUUCGAUGUGUUAUGCUUUUAGUGAUCUUGAACAUGUUCAGGUUCUUUUAGUAAGCACAAGUUAUACGUAUUCCUGAUUGAUACGGUGAUCCAUUAUUGUAAGGUGUCAAUAUUUAAACCUGGUAGAUAGCUCGCUUACAUAGCAUGUGCAUUUCCGAGACUCGGCCUUUUUUAGUGGACGUAAGACAUGUUUGAAAUUAUGUUCAUGUUUGGUUGUGAUCUGUGAUUUUGAUUUUUCACUCAAAACUAAUGAGUUGCGUGGGUUAAGGAAUACAUUAUGUUCUAGGGAUCAGAUUUGUACGUGUUCAAAUACGUUUAAAUGUAAUUAAAUAGUUUUUGUGCAA